CCAGAAUGUUUUGUUGCACCUAGGUCGUGUCUGUGGUCGGCAUUACUUUACUGCGUGAAAUGUCGAAGUUGGCUUCUCUGUUUUUCCGUGGUAGCCGUUUGGCAUUUUCGAAUGCUAGAACAGCCGGUUCUCGUCUUCUUGCAUCCCACAAACAAUGCAAUGCUAUCAAUUACUGUGCUAUUGCGACCAGGACUUAUUCGUCACAAAUUGACCGGAAAUUCAACCAAGUCUUGACCGAUGAAAUCAAACAAGAAAAAGAAAACUCUUUCACAUGCAACCCUCCAACAGGAUUCCAAAUAGCUAAACGCGAAGGGUGUGAGUUCGUCCUGCGUAAAGAAUAUAGUGAUGGAGUUUGUGUUGACAUCGAAAUUAACCUGGCAGGCAGCGUUUCUCCUGGUGCAGCCGAAGAUGACGGUGUGACUUCAUCUGACAGAAAACCAGAGGAGGAUAUACCACUGGAAGCCCGUCCAGACCUUCGCAUCAAGCUUACAAAACCUAGCGGCCGAGCUGUCAUUUUUAACUGCAGUCUCCCAAGCCGAGAAGUCGAACAGCAACUUGCCACAGAAGAAGAAAACAACCUCCCCACUUAUUCCGUGGAUUCUGUUGAGAUGGAACGGAUUCCAGGUUACUUUGUGUACACUGACCUGUUUGACGAUAACAUGUAUGAGCACACAAUGCAACUGCUGAUGGAGCGAGGACUCAACGCGGACUUCCAACAAGAAUUACAGGACUUCUGUACUUCAGAAGAGCACAAAUUAUAUCUCAGUUUUUUGGAUGAAUUCCAGGCUUACUGCAAAGAAUGACUUCAAAAUCGUACAGUAUUCACGUAGCCCUAUGUACCAAUGUUCAUAACAAAUGCAUUUUAUGCUAA